UGUUCAGCCCAAUUAAGACUGGCAUUCUGUGCAUGUAUAGAAGCAAAAUUUUAGGUGCAAGAGAUCCUUAAUAUCAACUACUUAGGCACUUAAGUCUUCUAGGAUUAGGCAGCAGUUGAAUGUGUGCAUAUGUGUUGGGGCGGGGGGAGAUUAAGGAUCUGAAAUUAAGACAUAGGUACUCAAAUUCUGCCUAAAUCCCACUGAGAUCUCUCGUAGACCUGUACUCCAGUCCAAAGCUCAAAUUGCUUAUCAGUCUUUUGUUUGUUUCUCAUGCAUGAUGAUUCAUACACUUUUGCUUUCAGUUCUAGUAAAAAUAAGUACUUCCCAGAAAAGCUGCUAGUGUCAUCUUCCCUAAGAUACAUAACACACAGAGGACCUCAUUGCCAAGCUUGAUAGUUAACUUAAUAGUUAACCUGGCCUAAAGACUGACUCAUUGUUCAUGCACAAAGCACCUCCCUAGAAGUUUCUACCUGGAGGAACUUCUGUUCAUGUUACUCCCCUACAACAAUCUGAAUUUAGACUGAAUUUAGUAGGUCUUUACAAUGAAACUAUAAAUGCUUCUUCCUUUCCCCUGACCCAUUGAGCAUGACAAAGGCCAGUUUUCUAGUGUAACAGUUGCAUUAACCCUAAAUGUAACUAUGACUUUCAGUUUAUUUGCCUCUUUAAUCUAUUGUUUUAGGGCUAAAGUAGAAGUAUGGUUUUGUAUUCAUAACUCCUUUUCUAUGUGGCACUAUAUUAGCAGGAUCCUGGCUAGCAUGUUGUUGAAAUAGGAUACAUAAUUAGUGUUGAACCCAAUAAGGAAGGUUGAAUGCUAUAUCAACACGCAACUCUCACUUGUGUUCUCUAUGUAACUAUAUGCAUCUUGCCCACAUCCAUUCAUCUAGCCAAAUUCCCAAGUCACUCUGUUUCCCAUAAUGUCCAAGGUCACAGGAUACUGUCGUAAGAGCUCCCUUCUGACGUCUUUCUAUGCUAGACUUUUUUUUCUUCCCCCACCAAGCAAGCAAGCUUGGUUUAUGGUCUUUUCUGUCCAUUUACUAAUAUUAUCUAUUCACAUAUUUGUUGGUUGACCUCUUCUCCUUCAGUUUACCCUUCCUUAAAGUACGGUGCUGGCCAAAUGAGGACAUCUCAUAACAUCUCUACAUUUUAAUUGUCAAGGAGGCUUUCUUAUUUUCCAACAGCAGUUGCAAAGUUCCAGCAGCCUCUUCGAUUUGUCCUAUGAACUGCAUACAGUAUCUUUAAGAGUAGUCUCUAGUACUUCAUUUCAAAGGCUUGUAUUUGUCUCUUUACACCUACAUUUGGGGUCCAGCUUUCAAAUGUGCAUAUAGCUUGUUGAUAUUGCCAUUAAUCUAAAAAGACAGAUCCUUAUUUUGAUAGAGAUAUCCUUGUCCUUCAAGACCUUGGACAGUUUUCCUUGUACUACUGUUUCUAUUGUAAUUCUUGUCUGUACUUCCAUGUCUGAUCUACAGUUUUCUGAGAGAUUUUACUUCAAAUAUUUAAAUAAGUUAAAUUUUCCAGGAUGCCCCCCUUUUUAAUGUAUGUAUCUAUAUUGCCAUGUACAGCCACAGACCUGAUAUUUCUUUUACCCACAGUGAUCUCCUCCAUUUCAUGAAAUGUUGCUAUAGUGUUUAGGGCCUAUGUUAAUUCUGCCAGUUCCCUUACUGAUCCUGAUUAGCUUGCUUUAUCUUUUUCCUUCCUCUAGUAGGGGAUAUGGUCCUCUUCCUUGGAUCUCUCCAGUGUAUUUUUAACAAUGCUUUCAGCUGCAGGACCUUUAUAAUGCCCUUGUCCUCCUAUUUUACCUGUGGCAGAUUAGGGAGUUCUUAGGGGAAGCAGGCAUGGGCAGUGUACCUUGCAGUUGUGCAAAAGGUGGUUGUGUAGUUUUACAAAUUAGUUAAACAAGCACUUGUCUAGACUAGUUUAGAUAGGGAUAAUCCUGCUUUUGAGCAGUGCAUUGGACUACAUAACCUCCAGUGGUCUCUUCUACCUACAGUUGAUACUAACCUAUCAAAGUGUUCAAGUGCAUCUAAAGAGAAAAGAAAAUGCCCACCUAUCUUACAUCAAUGUGAAUCUUAAAUUCUUCCCAUAAGCAGGUGUCUCUGAAAAGGGCACUACUGAAGUAUCAAGGACCCAGCGGAGCAACUAGAAUGGUCCUAUUUUGCCAGAAAAAGUUGAUGCAUCUGCUCCAUCUGAUUAUUUUCUUUCUGGCUGUGGGGUCCGUUGCCCUGAUGGUUUAUGCCCUUUUGGUGGAAGCUGGAAACAUUGUCAACCUUCCUAAGAAAAGAAUUGGCUUCUACAACUUCUGCCUGUGGAAUGAGACAAUUGAAGAGCUGCAAUGCCUGAUGAUCAAGGACUUUGAGAAAAUAGACAUUCACCAGGCUGUGAUAGCCGUGGCAAGGGUCCUUGUAUAUUCUCCCCUAAUCAUCUGUCUCUUUUCAUUACAUCUCAUUGUGCAUGUGGGGGGUAGUAAUGACAGAAUGGAAUGGGAACUGAUCCUUAUGAUGCUGGGCACCACAACCAUAAUGUUAUCUGGUGGGCUUAGCUUGUUUUUGUUUCAGGUCUGGACUUGGAUACAGGUCUCUGAUUUUUCUGGAGCUUUCAUAGCAUUAGCUGGGGCUCAGGUUCUGCUGGUGCUCCAGCUGGUUGCUACUGCCACAUAUCUCAAGUGGGUGAAGGAUAACAUUAUCAAGGGCAGCUCUUCCCCUGAGGAGGAACUUCCACCCUUGAAAGUCUGAGAGAAAGGGAGAUGCACUGACUAUUGAAAUGCACCUCUGAUAUGACUAACUAUAACUGCUUUCAUUGCUUAUAUAUAUCUUAACUGUUAAAUAUUUCAUUUAUAUAAAGUAAAUCAUAACUCUUAUUAACUUAGAUUAACUUUUAUAUAAUAAUUUGAUCAGUCAUCAUUAGCGGUCUGGAAUUAACCAUCUGUUCUAAAGUUCUUAUUGCUUAGCAUAAAUAUUAUUCUCAUGAUUUUAGACAACUUGACCUAUUGGACUUAAGCAUUUUCCUUAUACUAAAUUUGUGUAUGGGUUUUCAGUAUGUCUGGCAUAUGUGGAAAAUGGUAAUGAA